GGCAAAGUUUGUAAAAUUCCGUAUUAGGAUAAGUCAGCGGUACAUAUUUUUAAAUUUUAUGGUGAAAAUGUUGUUUAACUGUAGUUCAACUGUUAAUACCGCUAAAUACCGUCUAUCGCGGUUUAGUCCCCAGCAGUACUGAUAUUUUGCGGUAUCAGGAAUGAUAAAACACCGAAAUAAUGUAAAUUUAAUCUCUAUCUUUUUUUUUUUUUGGUUGUUAUGUAACUACUUUCCUUUUCUUUCCCUGAACGCAUUAACUUCAAGUUUAGCUAUAGCUGGAAACAAACAAAGCCAACUUGGCGAAGCUAUAAAUAGAGAGAUGGGCAUGAGGUUGGAUCGUACCACUUCACAUACUCGCACAUACAUCUCUCCAAAAGGGAAGAAUAAAAUACAAAACAGAAUCAUGAGUAGCGGUCCGAUAUUGGCACUGCCCGAAUUCUUUGCCCUGAAGAGCAAGUCCAACGGCAAGUACCUGCGGUACGAGCCCAACGCCAAUGGCACGCUCGAGUUCUCCGGCGACAAGAUCGUGAGCCCUUUCGUCAAGUUCCGUGCAGAAGCAGUCGCCCACCGGCAGGCCGGAGGAGGAGGGUCCACGACCAUGUACAAUCUGAGUUGCUGCUACAACAACAAAUACUGGCGGAAAGCCAGCCAACCGGGGAGCUUGAUCUCCGGAGGAGCCGAUGCCCCCGAGGAGGACACGUCCAAAUGGGCUUGUACACUCUUCAAGGCCGAGUUCGAGGGCAAGGGAGUCGUUCGGUUCUUGCACGCUCAGUCCAACUCGUACCUCGGUCGUGGGUCUGAGCCGGGCCAGUCAGGGUUCGACCGUCUGGUGGUCGGCAGGCGGGUGCAAGCCGAGGUUUGUGAGGUGGUGGAUUACUCUGAGUCGGUGGUGCUUCUGCCUAAGCUCGUGGCGUUCAAGGGAGACAACGACAAGUACCUCAAGCAUGCAAGCAUUCACGUUUUCCCUCCUGCUCCUCUUUCUUUCGGGACGCCUGGCUUUUUUGGUAUCAAUCCAAUACUUCCUCCAAUUGACACGUCGUACUGGGUGAAUGCAGUCCAGUUCUCGGUCGAUACAAUCGAGGACUUGUCUGCGGCGCACCAGGUUUUUGUUAACCCGUCGGAUGCCACCAUUCGUAUACAAUCUGUUGCAACCGGAAAUUUCUGGAGGCGGGAUGCAACCCACGGAGACUGGAUUCGAUGCGACUCAACCGACGCCACCUUCGACAACAAGGACACGGUGUUUCAGGUCGUUAGGGUGGCGGAGUCUGGAAACUCCGAUAAUGUUCAGAUCACCCUUAAGAAUUGCGGCAACGGCCUCUUCUGCAAGCGAUUCUGGGAUUCCGACAUCGGCAGCUGCCUCAGAGCAAGCGCGCAGCACAUGGACGGCUACUCGUACCUUGUGGUCAAAGAGCCUGUGAAACACAGGCGCAUCUUCGACGUUGACAUCCGGAGCGGCGACGCUAGAACUGUCACUGUGUCGACCAUGAAGAACCCCGAGAUUGACAUUUUCCCUAAUGGAACCUCGACGCCAAGAAAGGUGACGAGCAAGUUAGUGGUGACGGAGACCACCACCGCCACCUGGAGUAGCACCAUGACUUGGAAGAUAGGCGGCAAGCUCACCCUAGAUUUUAAGAUCCCGGGAUCGGGGUUUCUGGACAAGUUCCUCAAGGGAGCGAAGCUGGAGCUCUCAGGCGAAUACUCUGAAGGAGCCACGAAGGGAGGAACCAAUACAACCACCAAGACGAAGGAAAUAGUGGAGGACUACACCGUGCCUCCGAUGAAGCAGGUGAGGCUUUCCCUGGAGGAGAGAACCACCACCCGUGAGGUUCCCUUCUCAUACUCCUACACCGACAAGCUUUACAACGACGAAGAAGCUGUCACCUAUCGUCUCGAAGAUGGCCUCUUCACUUCUACCACAACAAAGGAAGUCAUCGUUCCUAUAGAGGAACCUCUGGAGAUGAAAACCUAGCUCGCUCGUACGUACGCGCAUGCAUGGCGUCCGUCACCUACGUAUCCUACGUGCAUGGCGUUCAUCUACGUCUUGCUUACUAAAUAAUCGUCAUCGUUAUGUGUUAGUUUAAAUAAGGUCACACGCUGUUUCGUCAGCACGUGAAAGUCAUUUCGUUAAACUACGUACGUUGUUUCGGCGUUAAGAGUAUGUGUGUUGUAUUAAGAGGUGUCUUUUAUUUGUACCCUCUCAUAAUAAAUUAGAAGUUUCCUUUUGGUUUGGGGAAUUGUAGAGAGGGUAAAGCAAAAUAAAGGACAGAUGUGACCACAUGGAUCGAAUCCAUGUACUCAAAGACACAAGUCAAAUUUGAUUUUCAUUAGACCACAUAGCUAUUAUGUGAUAGUAUUUACAGAACACGUAAUACUUAUAAAAUUUGUACAAGAUAUCCUUCACGUCCUAGGAUCGGGAUCAAUCCCGGGGAGGCCGGGGCCCACCUUAAGUUGAACGUGGAUCCACCCCUCAUUGUUGGCCAUCGGGGGGUGAGAAUAGCAGGUAAGUAUAUUAUACUAUAAAAUUAAAAAUCACACGCUUGCAAAUGGUUUCCAGAUUAGUUGGAUCUAGCGGCAAGCCUACAGAUUUACGGUAACCAACUUUCUUAGACCAAUUUAAUUUAUCAAUGCAAUAUACACUGACUAUUCUCAAAAUAACAACAAGCAUAGACAAUAAUAAAUUGCAUAGAAGAUUUACGUGGUAUACCUUGAUUUUGGGUCAGUCGACGAGAACAACAGCUCCGGAGUAUUGGUUCACUAUUGCAAGAGUAGAUUGCAGAGAAUAUACAAGAAAAUAGAAGUACACUCAGUGUUUCCAAACAAUCUCACUAUUUCACUGACAAAACAAAUUUCUAUCUACCCGUGGUUAUGAAAACGUUUCACAACCAAAACCGACAUAAAAUAAAUAGUUCAAAAGCUGGCAAUGGCACAAAGCAGAAUGAAAUGAGAUGAGGAAGAAGAAUGAAAUGAGAUGGGAUGCUGGAAUGAAGAAAUCGUUCUCCUAUUAUAUUCCAAAGUGAGAUGAUGGGAAUGAAAUCACCGCCAGCUCAUAAUUCUCCCCUUACUAUAUGAGAGGUUUCGUCAUUCCUCAGUACAGGAAAACUGGUUUAUAGUCAUGUGAUCUUAUUCACGAUAAUUUUUCCCGUGAUCAAAAGUAUAUUAACAGUUAUGGUAAAAAGUUUUGUAUUUGAUUGUAUAGUUCUAAUCACUAUAACUAAUUUAUCUGUUUUUUAGAUUUGAUUUCCCGUGAUUAAUUGUUAAUCACGAUUAAUUAUCAUGAACAAUGUGAAAAUUUAUCAUUUAAAAAAAAUUCUUCCAAAUGUUUGGAGGAAGAAUUUCCUUUAGCUCAAAAAUUUGGUUUGCCUCCAAAAAGAAUUGCUCAAAUUUUUUAGGGGAGGAUUUCCUUUAGCUCCAAAAAUUAGGUUUGGCUCCAAAAAGAAUUGUUUUGGCUCCAAUAAUCCUCCAACAGCCAAAUAAACGCGCCCCACUCCCAAUUAUUUUUUAGAAGAGCUAACCCUUUUUUUGGCUCCAAAAUUUUGCUUUGGCCCGCCACUUUUUAGGCUCUCUAAAAUUGAAACAGUAAUGCACACACGAUACUAAUGGCUAGCGAAAAGUGGAUCUAAAGGAAAAUAACGAAACCCAAUUCUCUUCCCAUCUUUGUACCGUCUGUUCCACCACUAACUCCUGCCAAAAUCUUCUCUCCUUCUCUGUUCUUCUAGUUCUCCUUUUGUUUGUUCAUCUAAUAUGGAAACAAACCUUGUUUCCUUAG